GUACUUAAAACAUGUCUACCUUAAUGAAACAAAAAAAUGGGUUUACUUUUAAAAGGGAAUGUAUUUCGUUUAAUUCAAACCCUGGUAAACGAAAGUCUUUUGAGUAUCGCACACCACACUUAACACAGCUACUUGCCAUAAAUCUAGUAAUUAAGUUCUGAAAUGAUAUAACUUGGACACAUUGUGACAAGAUGAAAAGAUUCUUGCAGAACGUAGCCAAAUCUUUUAAUAGUGCAAGACAGCCCCAAAUCGAUUUCCCUAAACAUCUUAAACCAGAAAGAGUUAACCUGACCCUGAAAAGCUACCUCAACUCCGAUCCUAUCAAGGCUAUAUUGCUUUUCUCAGACUUGCUGAGUACAAAGAUCUCUGCAGUAGAUAGCUACACUCUCUUGUAUGUCAUCAAAGCUUGUGCUAAGAAAUCCCUGACCACUGAAGGGAAACAGGCCCAUACCCUUGUCAUCAAACUUGGCUACGAACCCAUCAUUUUUGUUCAAACAUCCCUCAUGGAUAUGUACGCGGCAACUGCCAAUGUUGCUGAUGUGCACAAGGUGUUCGACGAAAUACCCAAGAAGAAUGUUGUGUGUUGGACUUCGCUGAUUUCUGCGUAUGUCCGAAAUGAGAAACCAUACAGAGCCAUAGAGAUAUUCAGGCAAAUGCAAAUGGAUAAUGUAGAGCCUGAUCAGGUAACACUUACCGUUGCUCUGUCGGCCUGUGCUGAUCUAGGAGCAUUGGAUAAAGGGGUGUGGAUUCAUGAUUUGAUAAGUCGAAAACCGGAAUUUAGUGAGGAUUUAUCUUUAAUGAAUGCUCUGUUGAACAUGUAUGUAAAAUGCGGGGAUAUCAGAAAAGCUAAGUUACUGUUUGAUAAUAUAAGAAUUAAGGAUAUCAGGACUUGGACAUCCAUGAUUGUUGGGCAUGCAUUACACGGCCAAGGACAGGAAGCGCUAAGGUUGUUUUCGGCAUUGGAAGAAAAGAACAAGUCCAGAUCAGGAAACAUCCGUGGGACUAAGGACCAAUUACUUGUUCCCAAUGAUGUUAUGUUUAUAGGGGUUUUAAUGGCUUGUUCCCAUGCAGGGAUGGUGGAACAGGGGAAACAAUAUUUUAGAAGUAUGACUGAUGAGUAUGGCAUAAAGCCUAGGCUUUCUCACUUUGGCUGCAUGGUGGAUCUGUUAUGUCGUCGUGGGCUGCUAAAAGAGGCAUAUGGCUUUAUUUUGGCAAUGCCAAUUCAGCCAAAUGCAGUUACAUGGAGGACACUACUUGGCGCCUCUGGCGUUCAUUGCAAUGAAGAACUUGCUGCAGUGGCUCGGUCUAAAUUACGUGAGUUAGACGCAAGUCUUGUUGGUGAUGAUGUUGCGUUAUCUAAUAUCUAUGCUGCCAAGGGGAUGUGGGAGGAGAAAAUAAUGCUUAGACAUGAGAUGACACAAAGGAGAACUCCUGGAUGCAGUUCUGUUGAGGUGUGGAAGUUGCAUUCUUGAAUGUUUAAGUGCAGAGAAGUUAUUAUCCUAUGGAUUAGGUUCUUGAUCACUUUAUUGGGCCACAAGAACAUUUGUCAAAUUGCCAGCUUUUAUCAAAAAGUUCGGGCAGAAAGUUCAAAUACACUGACUGUUGAAUAUGUUCAUAAUCUUGUUGAUUGAAAAAACAUUUCUUAAAGGAUCCAAUAAGUGGAUGGCGAAGGUAUUGACAUGACUAGCAUUCCUUCUAAUCUACAUUGUGCCAGCUUGAUUAACACGAUCCAUAUGAGAGGAGUAUGGAAAUAAUCUUUGUAUUUCUUGAGUCCGCGAGCGCUGAGUCGUUGGGGGUAAACUCAAUCAAACUCCCAACAUUGAUCUUUCCAUCAAACUUCAUACCUAUGGAUUUGAAGUUUGGGACUGCUGCGCCAACAGCUUGAGACUUCAUGCAAAAUAUUGUAACUUCAAAUUCCAAUUUUUGCAACUUCAAUUGCCUACGUCUGAAAUUGAUUUUAAAAUAGCUAAGCUUAUACUCCCUCCGUCUCAAAUUAUAUGCCGUGGUUACUAAAAAUAA